CGCAACUAGUCUACCGAGGACUUUCACAAAUCGUCUUAGCUGCGAUCGCAGCUCUCAAUAAAUAUUAUAAACAUAAUAAAACAAUGGCGCCGACCACCCUUUUCGUCGAACCCCUCAUGCGAGUCGUGCGCGACCUGAAAUCGGCCUUCAUCGCACUCUCCUCGACAACCAUAACAACAAACCCAAAUACCUCCUCACCUUCCUCUACAUCUUCAAAUGGUCUGAUAAGCAAACGAGCUGGUCAAAUUCUUUCUAUUCCUGCUACAUACGCUUUACUCGAUUCGUCACCAGAACCAGGUAUUGUGGUGGGCAUUGUCCUCGGUGUUGUCGCUGGGGUGGUGCUUACCUUGAUCGCAAUAUACCAAGCUCUCGGACUAGGAGGCCGUGGGGAAAGCUCUGUUAGUGGUGGAGGUAGUGUUGUCGUUGUGGAAGAAGAAGAAUCAUCCGUGGGUGGACGUGCACGGCGACGAGGACCGGCGCGAUCGAGGUCUGCGCGAGGCGGUAGAGGGGGCCGGGUGGUGGAAGAGAUUGUCGAAGUUCGCGAGCGCUCGCAUUCUGGCAUUAGGACCGUUGAUGAAUACUCGGAUGAUGUGGUUGAAGUGAUCGAAGAGAGCUCGGCGACGCCGUACGACGAUGUUGUGGAGGUAGAAGAAGAGGAAAGCAGCGUGGCUACUAGCCCGCCUCGGCGGAAGAGAACCAGCGGAGGCGGAAGUUAUCGAAGGGUUGACCCAUUGGCAUACGGAGGGGAUGAUGAGCCCUAUCGACGGCCUCCCCGGCGGAGUAUGUAAAAGGAAUUUUGGGAAUUGGAUUCAUAUGCCUUCAGUAAAGGGCGGUUUGUAUGUUGAUGCGAAACAUGCAUAUAACUGUAUGAUUAUGACAGCGUUUUGCUUUUGCUGAUUGUCAUUUCUAUUCUGGAGUUAAUAUUGCAAAGGCUUGGAUUGGAAAUAAUAAAUUCAUGUACAAAUCAAAUUGACAAGAAUGUGCCAAUACGUAAAGAUAAUUAACUGCACAAAGUGAAUAGCAGCUAUUGAUAAGGAUCGAGAGCCCUCUCU